UAGGUAGUAAAGUUUUAAAACCUCGAUAAAGUGAAUAGUGAUGCUGUGUGAAGCUACUCUGAGUGUAUUUGAAGCUAGCUGAUGGAUACUUUAUAAUGAAAAACCGUAACGUUUAUGAUUGUAAUAACCUUUAAGUAGGUCAUGCAGACAUGAAUUGGUCCUAAACCUCGAGUAAUGUUAAGUCUAACCUACACAUUACUGUUGUUACAAUUGAUACCCAAGAGCGCGCCGCAGACAAAAUUGUUAGACAUAGAAAGCUACUGGAAAACAACGUAUGUGACCGACGACGUGCCAGACUAUUGGGAUCAUGGGCCGAUUUAUCUUCCUAGACUACCGUUUGUAAAGACACCAGACAUCUUUCCAGCUUGGUUACCUAAAAAAGAAACAAUUACUACAGAAACUAAACCUAUGGAAGAUGAUACCGAAACUCAAGUAGCAGAAACUACAUCUCCAGAAACUGAUAUAACUAUUAUUACAACACCUCCAACACAAGAAGAAUAUACAACAAUACCAGAAGAAACUGCAAUUGAUAUAACAACAGCGCCUGGCAAAGAACUUGAUUCAACGCGUAUUGAAACAACCACAGCACAAUCAACUGUUGCAUUGGAAACAACAUUUUAUGAUGAAAACAAAAAAAUAGAGCAAACAACAGAAUCAACACCAACGACUACAAAUUCAUCAUCAGAAAGAGCAUACCUUAAAGAAAUCGAGCCAGUUAUUAGAGCGCUUGACCGGGAAUCGACAACGGAUCCUUUUUCCGUGUUUUUGCGGCAAUUUUUAACAAUUUUGACUACUAAAAGGAAUGAAGAUUUGCCAUUACUGAUUAAUCACUUCAGAGAAUAUGUCUCGAUGCUGCUGACUGGCGGGCAGCUAGAACCGUUGGGCGCAGAGACUAAUACUUACAUCGCAACGAGACUUCUUAUAUUGGAGAAGUAUCCAAUGCAAGCGCUGCAUGAUUUCUUCGAUGUACUCCAAAAAAAGCUGGCUCAAAGAACCAUGAAAUUAUCCAAAGAGGUGAACGAUAUUUUGGACUAUAUGGAUGAUACAUACAAUGAGGCGGAAGAAGAAGCCAUGCAAGCAGUUUUGCGUGAAACUUACUCGUAUCCCAAUACUAAAAACUACAAUAAGAUUGCUCAAGGAUUCGUAGAUUAUGUGUUUCUAAAGCCAUUGAUAAGAGUGGCGGGGACCUCAAGAGGCAACGUUUUAUUUAAAAUGAUAAAUGACGCUAUAAUAAAAUUUGCGAAGCCCGGUGAUAUUAGGUUAUCACCAGCGUUUCAUAAAAAUCUACGUAAAUCCUUUAAGAAAAGACAAAAAGUCAGACACGAGUCUUCUAGCACGGACACUGAAGAAAAUAUAUCAAGUAAAGGAAGUAAAGAAAGUAUAGAUUUAAGCGACAUAAGUGAAAGUCUAAGUGAAAGUUCCAACACAAUAACAAGUUCCGAUGAGGAAAAUGAGAGCAGUAACGAAGAAACACGUAAAAAUUACCAAUUUAAGAAUAAUAAAUUUGUAAAAACUGAGAAUUUUAAGAAACAAAACAUAUUUAGAAAUAGAAUAAAAUCGAGGAAGAUAAAAUCAUAUGAAGUAUUAAGCAAAUUAAGGCCCAUACAGAGAAAACAUUAUGGUGAUUUUGAUAAUAACGAAGAAAUUCACCGAAAUUCUUAUCAACAUUUUCUAUCAAGUUCAUCGACAACUAAUAAUGCCAAUGUUAUCAAAGAUACUGAGUAUAGUGAUAUUGAAAAGGUACUUAAAUCGAAAAUCUAUGAUAGUUUUAGACGUAUGGAUAAUAUAAACUAUAAUACAUAUACAACAUUGAAACAAAAACUCACAUCUCAAGUCAAUGAGCAUGAGAAAUCUAGUGAAACUGACUAUGAGAGAGAAUUGAAGAGAAAUAUUUAUAAAGCGGUUAUUAAAUUGUUGAACAAAUAG